CGAGCUUGUCACAUUUGGUGGACAUCGAUCGAAUCUGUUCCCGUUUCCCGCGCGAAAUUCCAAGCUUGCCCUCGCGUCUCGCGUUCGAGGGGGAACUCUGGACGAGAGGAGAUGUCACGGAAGCGGUUCCACGGAGGAGACGACGCGUUCGAACCGCCAGACAUUCGAAGAUAGCGAAGGUUCGUCGAGGCCGCGGGGAAGCUCGGGCGUCGAGCUCGAUUCCUCGAUAAGAGGAGGUGACCGCGAAGAUCGGCGAUUCAGGGCGCGAGGGGACGAAGGGAGGAUCUGGAGCGACCGAGGGAGGAUCCCUGGAUCCCUUAAGUCGGAGCAAAAGGACAGCCGGCUCGAAUACGAGGAGGGGGCGAGAGGGAGGAGGGUUAAAUUGCGGAAGAGCGAUUCUUUUUUGAGAAGAUUGGUGAGAAGCUCGAGGGACAAUAUCGCGGAAGGGUGCGAGAGAUUGGUGAGGAAUAUCCAGAAGAGUCCUCUCCCCGUUCCGCGAGGGAAUUGGAAAUUGUUGUCGAGCGACGACAAGGAGGAGAGGCCGAUACCGCCUCUGAGGAGGAAAAAGUCGAGGAGGAAUUUGGAGAUCGACCGAAUUUCGGGAAUUUCGGGUAAUCGGCCUCUGCCACCUACCUGCACGAGCAUCGACGUUCCCUCGAACGCGUUCGUGGAAAUCCGUGUAACCGAGAAGCGGGGCGGGAGGAGCGUCUCGGCGGAGGACGUGGAAGAUCUGGUCCGGGCCGAGGAGGGCGAUUCAAGACCGUUGGAGCGACGAGCGGCGGUCGGGAGAGGUCGGUCGGAGAGGUCGAGCGAAAGGCUUCUUCUCCGACGCCUUCGACGGGGAAGGUCGUGGUGGAGCGAGGAGAGUUUGGCGCGGCACAAGUCGCGGGUCGGACUGUUGUUCGCUCCCGUCUCUCGGGAGUGGGUGGCCGCGGCCGACUACCGUUGUUGGCCCGCGAGAUCGGAUCGGAUCGGAUCGGUGGAGUGGAGGAAGUGGAAAGCGAAACGCUCGCCACCGCCCGACGACUGCCAAGUUGGGGAUCGCGGGUCUUGGGGGCUCGAGUCGAGGCGCGAUAACGAGCGGCGGAAUAACGAUAAGGAUAAAGCGGAGGCAAGGAGGAAGACACGGAUACGAGGCGGCGGCGAAGUGCACGCGCGGCCGUUCACGGCCGCGUCGUUGGUAAAAUGCAAAGUUGCGAAUUCGGCGGCUGGCAACGGUGGAGACGAGGAGGAGGAGGAGGCGGAGGAGGCGGAGGAGGACGACGAGGAGGAGACGCGAGGCCCCGAGUGCAACGCUCCGCGGCGAGGAAGUGAAGAGCAGCGGUUGGUGGUAGCAGUCGGCGACGACAGAUCGGUGGACGAAGGGAACUCGUCGAUCGUUGCCUCGCGGCGACCUCCUGUCCGCUCGCGCGUCGUGCCUUGCCCUUCCAUCCCGACGAGGACAGAUCCCGUCCCGACGGGGGACGAUGCGCGUUUUCUGGAUCUCGUGACGAUCCGCGUUGUGAACGAGGAUGCUCGGUUGAAGGGGGGCUGUGGCGCGUCGACGAACGAGGGAACAGGUAACAGGGCGAAGAGGAAGGGGGGGAGGGGGAGAAGGGUGGCCGAGGAGUCGAGCGAAGAGGAGCGGAAGGACGAUCGGAAGAUGAAGUUGGCGGUGAGAAUGAUCAGGAUCCGCGACAAACUGAUGCUCGGUUUGAGCGCGUUCGCGAUACUGUUCACCGUAUUGUUGGUGAUGGACCUUCAGAUGGAUCUUGGAUACAGCGGCCACCAUCUGGUGCCGAGCCACGGCCGCGUCCGCGUCGGGGACGACCCGAACGCGGACACCAUUUACAACAACUUUCGACGCAAGUUUUUGCAAAGAUUGAACGCCAGCAAGGAGCAAACGAGCGGCGACACGUCCGCCACGACCCAGAACAGUGGGGGGAGGGAGGGUGGUGGCGAGGAGGGGGGGAGGAGGGACUCGAGGACCGAGAAAACGGAGGUGCACGACAGUUUUCCGGAUUUAGUGGACCUCGUGGUGAAGGGUUACGGUGUUAGCGUGUACGAGGGUGUGGCUAGGAUCAGCGGGGAGGAUCGCUCGGACAAUCCCACGCUCGGAGAGUUGAAGAAGAUCGGCCCCAAGAAGAACAGUUCGACGUUGGAGAGAUUCCACCUGCAAAUCUCGAGGAUAGAACUGUAUCCGGAGAGGUCGAAGUACGUGGACCAAUUGUUGCACGAAAUCGCGACGAGGCCUAUAGUUCACGUCGUUCAAAAAGAGGGCGGUACCCAGCUGAAGCUGCAGAUAAAUUAUUCCAACAUGCAGGCGUUGUUCAAACCCAUGAGGUUUCCAAGGGAACAACAAACUCUGCCCAAUCACUUCUACUUCACCGAUUUCGAGAGGCACACGGCCGAGAUCGCCGCUUUUCAUCUGGACAGGCUGCUUGGAUUCAGGAGGGCGAUGCCGGUUACAGGGAGAACGUUGAACCUAACGACAGAGAUUUAUCAGAUCGCCGACGGCGAACUGCUGAAGACGUUCUUCGUCAGCCCCGCCGGUAAUAUCUGCUUCCACGGCAAGUGCAGUUAUUACUGCGAUACGGCGCACGCGAUUUGCGGAAAUCCGGACACCCUUGAAGGCAGUUUCGCCGCUUUCUUGCCGGAUAAAUCUUUCGUCGCGAGGAAGGCAUGGAGACACCCCUGGCGGAGGAGUUAUCACAAGAGGAAGAAGGCCCAGUGGGAGCAUGAUUCGGAUUACUGUUCCCUCGUGAAAGAGAUCCCGCCCUAUCACGAGGGUAGAAGAUUGCUGGAUCUAAUGGACAUGGCUGUCUUAGACUUCCUCAUGGGGAACAUGGAUAGACACCAUUACGAGACGUUCAAGAUUUUCGGCAACAACACGUUUCCCCUGCACUUGGAUCACGGAAGAGGAUUUGGCAGACCCUUCCACGACGAGAUCUCCAUCCUGGCCCCCAUCUUACAGUGUUGCAUGAUCAGGCAAACAACUCUAAGCACCCUUCUAAAAUUUCACAACGGACCAGUCCCUCUGAGCGAGGCAUUGCGAAAAAGCAUGGCCAAGGACCCGGUGGCCCCCGUUCUGUGGGAACCCCAUCUGGCGGCCCUCGACAGGAGGGUGCGCGUGAUUCUUCAAGCGAUCAGAGACUGUGUGAAUCGAGAGGAUUCGAGUCAAGUCGUCCACGAGAAAACGGAGGAUACCGGAUCCUAGCCGUUUCUUUCGAUUUCCUAGUGUGAAUUAAGAGAUUCUGAUUCGUUGAUGAAUAAAUAUAUAUAUAUAUAUAUAUAUUUAUUUAUAAGAAAACGAAGAGAAGAAGAAGUGAGAUUUUUAACUGAUGAUGACGGGUGUAGAUUUAUUGUAAAAAAAAAGAAAAAAGAACGUGUAAAAAUAUGCGUGUAUAAAAUAUUAUAGCGAGCGAAGGAUAACAGGGACAAAGAUAAGAGAUAUAUAUAUUUUAUCGACGAUACUUUCUUUUUAAGAUUUCUUUUCUUCGAAUAUUGUUAAUCGUUGUUUAUAUAUUAUAUAUAUAUAUCGAGUCAAUAUUUUAUUCUUUCUCUCUUUUUUUUUUUUCUUUUUUGUUUUUAUCGUAAAGAAAAUCUUGUACAAAGAGAUUGUACAUAGUGUAUGUAUCGUAAUUAAGAGAAGAAUUUUAAGAUCAAAAUCAUUUGGAAAUGCCUGCUUUCCAUGUAUAUAUAUAUAUAUAAAAGAUAUAAAAUCGAUAAAGUCGCUUUUCAAGGCUGGAUAUUUACGAUAACUGCGUUUCAUCGUUGAAAAUAACGAGUGUAAUGUUAUCUGAUCGAGUAUUUUUCGAGUAUAUUCCAGAGUUCAUCAACCCGAUGAAACCUCGUCGAAAUAUCUAUCGGCCCGCACGUUUAUCGUCUCUUUAAAGGAGACGAACGAUUUUCUGAGCCUCAUAGUUCCUCGAGAUAACACAAUGCACUUGUCGCGUUAUCGACGAUCUAGCGUCAGAUUUUUUUUUUUUUUUUUUUUUUACCGGAAGAAUCCAGUUUCCACACGUGGAAUUAUUAUACGUAAAUACGCGUGCGAGAGAUGGAAUGUAAAUCCAUGCGAAAAAGGCUAUGCGUGUGCGUGUCUUUUUUAAUGUGUGCUUUUUCGUACGCGUGAAUGUUUUCGAAAUGCACAUGUAACUCGUAAGUGCUACUUUUUUUCUUCUUCUUUUUUUUUUUGAGAGGGGAGGGGGAGGAGGCAAGGAGGCAAAAGAAAAGAAACUCUGUUGAACAAUCUAUCUAUCGAUGUAUUUUUUCUUUUUUUACCGGAACUUCUAUCCAUUCCUUGUUAUCCCUACAUUCUUCACAGGGACACAGGAUUAUUUUGAUAAAAUAAUUAGACGAAGUUUCGAUUUUUUUUUUCUUUUUUUUUUUUUUAGAAAGAAAAAAUCUAACAUCGUUAGAAUACUCGAUCGACUCGAUUCUUCAUUUCUCGGCCCAAGUUUGGUAAUUCUGCUUAUCAAAUUUUCUUUCCCUUUCUUAACUUCGGACAAAGUAAAGAGGUAGAUAUAAAAAGUUUUCCAGAAUUAAUUUCGCGCAAUUUAAUAUUGUAAUUUUUGCCCCAAAGUUUUGCCCCCAACUUCUUGGUGCAAGACCUUAAAAUAUCGUGUUGAACUUGCCGAUCAAACUCUCUCUCUCUCUCUCUCUCUCCACUUUUCCUUCCGUCAUCUUCCUAACUAUUCAAGAAGUACAGAAUUCUAAGCGAGAGAACAUAAAAUCGAGUACCUUCUUUCCACCUAUCUUGCGAUGAUAAAAUCGUACGAAUAUCGCGAAUGUUUGAAAAAUUACAAAUAACAUUUUUUCCUCGAUUUUAACUCGAUAAUUUUCCAUUAGCCAAUUAAGCUAUCGAAUCGAAUCGAGCCUCGAAUCACGGUAUAUUUGCCAAUAUUCAAGAGGCACUGAAAAUGGAGAGAAGGCGCAAUAUCGAUUAAAAAAAAAAUCAAUUUUUUCGCGAAGUUUCAUUUAAAAAAGAUUCUAAAAGAUUCAGCGGAUCUUUUAAUUGCAUCGCGCGCCAUAAUAAUUUAAGAAUUUCCAGGCUAUCCAAUGGCGAGUUUCAUUAUUAACCAUCCUUCCUUUUUUUUUCUUUUUCUUUUUUUUUUUUCCCUUCUCCGUUUCGAUCCUCUAUCGAAUUUUAUUCCUCUUUUACAAAACUUCCUCACCAACGUCGACUCUCGUUCUAAUUUUAUUUCACGAGAAACGAAACGAGACGAAACGCUCGGGAUGAAAAAGAAAAGAAAAAAAAAGAAAAUCGGAGAAAUAAAAAAGUAGAAAAUUCAUAACGUUUAAUUUUAGAAAACUCGUUGAUGCAAUUUUUUUUCUUUCGAGAGUGCGAUUAAAAAAAGUUGAAAAUCCUGAAACAAUGUGAUUCUCCAUCGAUAUAUUACACGAAUGAAUAUCGACUUCGUUCAAAAAUAUUAUCUAUUUUCAAUCAACUUCAAUCGAAAAGAAAUUUUGAAUCUUAAAUCGAUUUCCAAGACCAUCAAUUUUUUCUUCGAUACCUUUGGAAGAUGUAUCUAUUAAUUUAUUUAUUUUUUCGCCAAAUUGUUGAUACGUUCCUCCUCGAGUGAAUCGUCGAUUUAUCCACGACGCCGCUACCCUUAUUCCCCCUCAACUUGGGCGAAAGUUAUCACGCGGCCCAAGGUAAACCACGAAUUUUCACUUAAGAUCGAUAAAAGCUCGCCAACUGUUCGCCAUCCAUUCGAAAACUUUCCAUUCUUCACCGCGGGUAUCCCCGCGCUUAAUCAACCCGCCAUUUACGCCGAAGAAUUAUUAGAUAAUCGUGUCGAAAACUUUAAAACUCUCCCCCAUUGAGAAUCUCAGGGAUGUGCAAACGAAGUCGUUUGAAAUUGUUGGUCGAAGGGAGGAAAGUUGUGUGCGAAAAUUCGAGGAAGGAUUAAAUUAAGGAGGGAGGGAUUUAAC